AUGUAUGUUUAUAAAAGAGACGGACGUAAAGAACCUGUUCGUUUUGAUAAAAUCACUGCCAGAGUUCAAAGAUUAUGUUACGGUUUAGAUCCAAAUCAUGUUGAUGCUGUUGCUAUUACCCAAAGAGUUAUCUCAGGGGUUUAUCAUGGUGUUACUACUGUUGAAUUAGACAACUUGGCUGCUGAAACCGCUGCUUAUAUGACUACUAUUCAUCCAGAUUAUGCUAUUUUAGCUGCUAGAAUUGCUGUUUCUAAUUUACAUAAACAAACUACAAAACAAUAUUCUCAAGUUAGUAAAGAAUUAUAUGAAUAUGUUAAUCCAAAAACUGGAUUACAUUCUCCUAUGAUUUCUAAAGAAACUUAUGAUAUUAUUUGUGAACAUUGUGAUGAAUUAAAUUCGGCAAUUGUUUAUGAUCGUGAUUUUAAUUAUAAUUAUUUUGGUUUUAAAACUUUAGAAAGAUCUUAUUUAUUAAGGGUUAAUGGUAAAGUUGCUGAAAGACCACAACAUUUAAUCAUGAGAGUUGCUAUUGGUAUUCAUGGUAGAGAUAUUCCAAGAGUUAUUGAAUCUUAUAAUUUAAUGUCUCAAAAAUAUUUCACUCAUGGUUCCCCAACUUUAUUUAAUGCCGGUACUCCAAAUCCUCAAAUGUCUUCUUGUUUCUUAGUUGCUAUGAAAGAAGAUUCCAUUGAUGGUAUUUACGAUACUUUAAAAACUUGUGCUUUAAUCUCAAAGAGUGCUGGUGGUAUUGGUUUACAUAUCCAUAAUAUUCGUGCUACUGGUGCUUAUAUUGCUGGUACUAAUGGUACUUCCAAUGGUAUUAUUCCAAUGGUUCGUGUUUUUAACAAUACUGCUCGUUAUGUUGAUCAAGGUGGUAACAAAAGACCUGGUGCUUUUGCCCUUUAUUUAGAACCUUGGCAUGCUGAUAUUUUUGAUUUUAUUGAUAUUAGAAAAAAUCAAGGUAAAGAAGAAAUAAGAGCUAGAGAUUUAUUCCCAGCAUUAUGGAUUCCUGAUUUAUUCAUGAAAAGAGUUGAACAAAAUGGUGAAUGGACUUUAUUUAGUCCAAAUGAAGCUCCUGGAUUACCUGAUGUUUAUGGUGAUGAAUUUGAAGAAUUAUAUGAAAGAUAUGAAAGAGAAGGUAGAGGUAGACAAACUGUUAAAGCUCAAAAAUUAUGGUAUUCUAUCUUGGAAGCACAAACUGAAACUGGUACUCCAUUUAUGUUAUAUAAAGAUGCUUGUAAUAGAAAAUCUAAUCAAAAGAAUUUAGGUAUGAUUAAAUCUUCUAAUUUAUGUUGUGAAAUUGUUGAAUAUUCUUCUCCAGAAGAAGUUGCUGUUUGUAAUUUAGCUUCAAUUGCUUUACCUUCAUUUAUUGAAAAGAAUGAUGAUCAUGCUUGGUAUAAUUUUGAUAAAUUACAUGAAGUUACAAAAGUUGUUACUCGUAAUUUAAAUAAAGUUAUUGAUCGUAAUUAUUAUCCAGUUCCAGAAGCUAAGACUUCCAAUAUGAAGAAUAGACCAAUUGCUUUAGGUGUACAAGGUUUAGCUGAUGCAUUCAUGGCAUUAAGAGUACCAUUUGAUUCUCAAGAAGCCAGAGAAUUAAAUAUUCAAAUCUUUGAAACUAUCUAUCAUGCUGCUGUUGAAACUUCAAUUGAAUUAGCACAAGAAGAAGGUGCAUAUGAAACAUAUCAAGGAUCUCCAGCUUCUCAAGGAUUAUUACAAUUUGAUUUAUGGGAUAGAAAACCAACUGAAUUAUGGGAUUGGGAUUUAUUAAAACAAAAUAUGGUAAAACAUGGAUUAAGAAAUUCAUUAUUAGUUGCACCAAUGCCAACUGCUUCUACCUCGCAAAUUUUGGGUAAUAAUGAAUGUUUCGAACCAUAUACUUCCAAUAUUUAUUCUAGAAGAGUACUUGCUGGUGAAUUCCAAAUUGUUAAUCCAUUCUUAUUAAGAGAUUUGGUUGAUUUAGGUAUUUGGAAUGAAGCUGUUAAGAGUAGUAUUAUUUCCAAUAAUGGUUCUAUUCAAUCAUUACCAAAUAUCCCAGAUUCAUUGAAAGCCUUAUAUAAGACCGUUUGGGAAAUUUCUCAAAAACAUAUCAUUGAUAUGGCUGCUGAUAGAGCUGCUUUUAUUGAUCAAUCACAAUCAUUGAAUAUUCAUAUUAAAGAUCCAACAAUGGGUAAAUUAACCAGUAUGCAUUUCUAUGGAUGGAAGAAGGGGUUAAAGACUGGUAUGUAUUAUUUAAGAACACAAGCUGCUUCUGCUGCUAUUCAAUUCACAAUUGAUAAAGAAUUAGUUCAAACUGCUGGUAAUGCCGUUGCUUCUUUAGACAAAUUAAAUAAGAGAAAAUAUGUUUCUAAAAUUCCAUCAUCUGAUAGUUCAAGAUCUGCUUCUACUGAACCAACUUCUAUAGAAUCUUCUUUUGCUGAUUUGAAUAUUAGAGAACAAGCUCCAAAGACUGCUGUUGUUGAAGAUGAAAAGCCAGUUGAAGAAAAGACAAUUGAAGAAAUUGAAAAUGAUAUCUAUAGUGCUAAAGUAAUUGCAUGUGCUAUUGAUAAUCCAGAAUCAUGUACCAUGUGUUCUGGUUAA